AAUGCGCCAGUCGGAGCAUUUUUGCGCGUGCACAUGGUCUUUCUGCAGGGCCACGUGAGAAUCUGAUCAGAGUUUAUUAUCGUUUAUUAUCUGUUUAUAAUCUGUUUAUUAAAGAUGUCGGAUUCAGAGGAGGAUCAUCAGCUGGGAGAGGAAUGGGAAGAUCACGACUCCAAGCUCUCAGAUGGAGAGCUUCAAGAAGCUUUCGCUAAAGGACUCCUCAAACCCGGCAUGAACGUUCCAUUAGAGGAACCGAAAAAAGCUGUGAACAACGUGGAGGGUUUGAAGAAAUGUUUGGCAGAGUUUAAGAGGAACCUGGUGUGGGUGGAGAGGCUGGACCUCACCACUCUGCCCGCUCUUGAUAUCCUGGCUAAAGCAGAAGGGAGGGUGGAACCAGGACCAGGUGGAGACCAGAUCAACGCAGAUGAUGACUUUCAGAGGGAAAUGUUCUUUUAUCGUCAGGCCCAGGCCUCUGUUCUCGAGGCUCUGCCCAGGUUACAGAAGUUACAGAUUCUCACCAAACGGCCGGACGAUUACUUCGCCGAGAUGACCAAAUCUGAUCAGCACAUGCAGAAGGUCAGGAAGAAGCUGAUCCAGAAGCAGAUGGCGAUGGAGAAAUCGGAGAAAGCUAAGAAGCUGAGAGAGCAGAGGAAGUUCAGCAAGAAGGUCCAGGUCCAGGUUCUGCAGAAGAGGCAGAAGGAGAAGAAGUCUAUGAUGACGGCGGUGAAGAAAUAUCAGAAAGGUAUGAGUGAUAAACUGGACUUCCUGGAAGGAGAUGCUGAGGGGAAGAAGGCAACAGGAGCUCCGUCUAAACCACACGUUAAUAAGAAAGGCCCCAGCGCUAAGAGGAAGUACAAGGACUCGAAGUUCGGCUUCGGCGGGAAGAAGAAAGGAGCGAAGUGGAACACGAAGGAGAGCCACAGCGACGUGUCGGGAUUCAGGGGCAAAGUGGCUCACGGCAAAGUGGGCAAGAAGUUCAGCAAAGCAGGCCAGAAGAACAAGCGUCCGGGGAAAGAAGCGCGGCGGAAGAUGAAGUCGAGGAAGUGAAGCGCCGUGAACCUCCUCAACAUGGACAUCUGACGACUUGAGGGGACUUCAGUGGACCUUCGUGUUGACAUGAGCUGCUCCACACACACACUCACACACACACACAGUAGAAGCUUGGUGAAGAGUGUGUACUUGUGUUUGAGACUUUAUCGAGUGAUUCUUGGUUAUGAUUUGAACUCAUGGAAUCUCUUGACUAGAUUUUUUUGGAUUUGUAAUAUUUCUGUAUAUUCCCUCCCCCCUCCUGGUUCAUGAGCGUGAUGUUCCCUCUGGAUCAAUGGCAUGUAGUUUGUUGGUUCCUUUUCUACUUUCAGGAUUUUUAGAAUGUUCCUCUGUGCCCGUCUCCAGUUUGUGUGGACUUCACAGUGAAUCGGAGUCUCUUCUCCUUCCCUGUGACUGGAGGAAACAGGAAGUGUUUCUAUGGUGACAGUGAUGCGCACAGGAAAUAAAAUAUUACUUCAAUAAAAAAAGUGAAUGAAACAA